CGGUAACACCUCCUCGAACAUUACUUUUAUUCCACAAAGACGGCAUUUCCGUGGACCACCACGUAUGGAGUUAUUCCGACGAUUUACAGAGAUUGGAAUACCUGUGUUAUUAAGUGCUGGAAUUGUAGGAAACAUCCUGAUUCUACUUGCCUUGCUAGCUACCAAAUUAAAACGUGUUUCUUUCAGUCAGUAUUUAAUAGCCAUAUCGAUAUCGGACCUGGCUUAUUUACUAAGUACGGCUAUAAUCUGGAUAUCGGAUCACUGGUAUGAUAUAUUUAACAUCACGGGAAUAUGCCAACUAACGACAUACACCUGGUUUCUGGCUAACUUUUUAUCGACAUGGUUUCUGGUAUUCGCACAUAUUGAACGAUGUUUAAUAAAUUUCGCAUCUGGACGCAGGAAGCUGUGGUGUAGUUUGUUUAGAACCAAGUGUAUUAUAAUUGUGGUGGCUAUUUUUUCCAUGGUAGCUAAUCUGUAUAUCUUAUGGACACAUAUGGUGAUUAAGAAUCGAUGUCGACCCAUGCCAGAAAGUGUGAUACAUCUGAGAAACUUACGAAAAGUUGAUGUCGUGUUCACGGUUUUAAUUCCCAUGGCUAUGAUUAUAAGUAUGGAUAUAUGUCUCAUGCUAGCCAUGACAUCCCGCUUUCGACGACGAUAUGGCAAUGACUUGCACAAAGGACCUAUUACGGCUUCUCAAAACGGCAGAUUGAGAAAUCUAAACGAUUUGCCAAAUUUUGUGGAGGGUCGUGUGCGGACCACGGCCACGUGUGUAACCUCCGGUCUGUUAUAUUUAACUUUCUCAAUUCCGUCUUUAAUAAUUAGAAUGAAAUUAACUUUUACUGAUGGUACAAGGCGAUCAUUGAGCGAUCUAGACGUCAUGUUAUCACCAAUAUUCCACGAGAUCGUUAAAAUCAACUUUGUUUAUAAGUUCUUCUUGUAUAUUCUUGUCUUACGAGGCUUUCAGCGAGCUGUUUUGAACUUGUUUCGGUCCAAUUGUUGCCGCAAGAGGCAGCGGACGACAGACCCAUCUAUUGUUGCCUUAUAAAACACAGUGGAUCAAAUGUGUACAAAUACAAGUUUAAUUUCUCGCCUUAAAACUUACAAAUCAAGUAUUAUGUUGUAGGAGUCAAAUUACAGAUGUCACCACAUGCAAGAAGUGUAUAUUAUUGAUGGUUUACACAGACGAAUCGACAAGACUUUGAACAAAUAUUACUCCUUUUAAAUUCAUUAAUUAUUGUGAUCUAUAAAGUUGUCUGUUUUAUUUAAUGUGACCAAUUAGUGAAUUAUUGGAGACCUACCAAGACGAAUCCAUGAGGCCUAGAACAAAUAGUCCGUCUUUAACUGUCAAAUAUAACAAAAUCUUAGUGAUUUCUUUUGUACCGGUAAGGAAAAAAAACUUUCAAUCUAUUCUUUAAAAUAAUGUUGCUUCAGACAAUAAAUAUAAACAAAAAAUACAAAUAAAAAUUGUAAACAAUGAAAGUCCGGUAAACUAUUAACCCAUUAAAUAAUGCAUUAAGUAAAUUUAAUGACCAGAACUUCAGCAUGGUAUCAAAUUAAUGUCGUAUCAAAUUUACCCCAUGCUUGUUUUCAAUUAUAUCGAAUUCAUAGCUGGUUGUUUUCUCAGAUAGUUAAUUUAUGUCAGGUUGUUUUCUGAUACCAAAUUUAUGUGAAGU